CGCGAGCGAGCUGAGAGAGAGUGUCCGAGCGCGGCCCUCCCCCCGCCCGUUUUUUCUCCCCGCGCCCCCUCAGGAUGUUCGGGCGGUCGCGCAGCUGGGGAGGCGGCGGGCACGGCAAGGCCUCGCGGAACAUCCACUCGCUCGACCACCUCAAGUAUAUGUAUCAUGUUCUGACCAAAAAUACCACUGUGACUGAGCACAACCGCAACCUGUUGGUGGAGACGAUUCGAUCUAUAACUGAGAUCUUAAUAUGGGGAGACCAAAAUGACAGUUCAGUGUUUGAUUUUUUCCUGGAGAAGAACGUGUUUGUGUUCUUUCUGAACAUUCUGCGCCAGAAGUCUGGCCGUUACGUGUGUGUGCAGCUCCUGCAGACCUUGAACAUCCUUUUCGAGAACAUUAGUCAUGAAACGUCUCUCUACUAUUUGCUCUCCAACAACUAUGUAAAUUCUAUCAUUGUGCACAAAUUUGACUUCUCGGAUGAAGAGAUUAUGGCAUACUACAUUUCGUUCCUGAAAACACUUUCUCUGAAACUCAACAACCACACGGUUCAUUUCUUUUACAAUGAGCACACAAAUGAUUUUGCCUUGUACACUGAAGCCAUUAAAUUCUUCAACCACCCAGAAAGCAUGGUCAGGAUUGCUGUUAGAACAAUAACUUUAAACGUCUACAAAGUGUCAUUGGACAACCAGCCUAUGCUGCACUACAUCCGAGACAAAACUGCUGUCCCUUACUUCUCCAAUCUCGUCUGGUUUAUUGGGAGCCACGUGAUUGAACUGGAUAACUGCGUGCAAACAGAUGAAGAGCACAGAAAUAGGGGGAAACUUAGUGACCUGGUAGCCGAGCACCUUGACCAUCUUCAUUACCUAAACGAUAUCCUUAUCAUUAACUGCGAAUUCUUAAAUGAGGUCCUCACAGACCACCUGCUGAAUAGCCUUUUCCUGCCUCUCUAUGUGUAUUCAUUAGUAAAUCAAGAUAAGGGUGGAGAACGUCCGAAAAUCAGCCUGCAGGUUUCUCUGUAUCUGUUAUCGCAAGUUUUCCUGAUCAUACAUCAUGCGCCUCUGGUCAAUUCCCUGGCCGAAGUUAUUCUCAACGGAGACCUGUCGGUGUUUUUUUCAAAAGUUGAGCAAGACAUCCAGAAGAGCUCAAUCAAGACUGGCAUCAGGUGCUUCAUUAAACCUACGGAGACCUUAGAGAGAUCCCUGGAAAUUAAUAAGCAUAAGGGCAAGAAGAGGCUGCAGAAGAGGCCUAAUUAUAAGAACGUUGGGGAGGAUGAAGAGGAAGAGAGGGGGCCAGAGGACGCCCAAGAAGGCACAGAGGGUCUGUCCAAAGGCAUCAAGCCCACUGGGGAGAGCGAAGAAAUUGAGAUGGUCAUCAUGGAGCGAUGCCAGUUGUCUGUCACUGAGCAAAACAUCACGGAUGAGGAAAAGAGCGCAGCCGCUUCUGAAAUGUCAAACUGGAACAGGCCUUUCCUUGAGAUGGUGUAUAAUGCCCUGGAAUGUGCCGAAUUUGAUUACUACGCCCUCUUUGUGCUGUGCCUCCUGUACGCCAUGUCUCAUAACAAAGGAAUCGAUCCAGUUACGCUGGAGAGAAUUCAGCUCUCAGCACUGGAUGCCGAGGAGAAGACCUCGUACAAUCACGUGCUCGCUGAGAGGCUCAUCAGGAUAAUGAACUAUGCCGCUCAGCCAGACGGGAAAAUUCGCUUGGCUACGUUGGAACUUGGCUGCUUACUGCUGAAGCAGCUGGUGAUGUCCAAACAUGGUAGAAUUAUAAAGGAUGUUCACCUCGCCUGUUUGGAGGGCGCGAGAGAAGAGAGCGUUCACUUGGUGCGGCGUUUUUAUAAGGGCGAAGAGAUUUUUCUGGAUAUGUUUGAAGAUGAAUACAGAAGCAUGACUCUUAAGCCCAUGAAUGUCGAGUACUUGAUGAUGGAUGCCUCCAUUCUGCUGCCGCCAACAGGAACCCCUCUCACUGGGAUUGACUUUGUGAAGAGGCUGCCCUGUGGAGAUGUGGAAAGAACGCGGAGGGCAAUCAGAGUCUUCUUCAUGAUGCGUUCCCUGUCGCUGCACCUCCAGGAUGAGCCAGAGACUCAGCUGCCGUUGACGAGGGAGGAGGACUUAAUUAAAACCGACGAUGUCCUAGACUUGAAUAACAGUGAUUUAAUUGCCUGCACUGUGAUCACAAAAGAUGGUGGUCAAGUCCAGAGGUUUCUGGCGGUGGAUAUUUACCAAAUGAGUUUGGUGGAGCCGGACGUUGCCCGCUUAGGCUGGGGAGUGGUGAAGUUUGCAGGUCUUCUCCAGGAUAUGCAGGUGACCGGUGUGGAAGACGACAGCCGUGCCCUGAAUAUCAUCAUUCACAAGCCAGCCUCCAGUCCCCAUUCCAAGCCCUUCCCCAUCCUUCAGGCCACCUUCAUCUUUUCGGAUCACAUCCGUUGCAUCAUUGCGAAGCAGCGCUUGGCAAAGGGCCGCAUCCAGGCUCGGCGUAUGAAAAUGCAAAGAAUAGCAGCUCUCCUAGACCUUCCGGUCCAACCUUCAAACGAAGUGAUGGGCUUUGGACACAGCUCAGCCUCUGCAUCUCAGCACCUGCCGUUCCGGUUUUACGACCAAGCCCGACGUGGCAGCUGCGACCCUACCGUACAACGCUCCGUGUUUGCGUCUGUCGACAAAGUCCCAGGUUUUGCCGUCGCCCAGUGCAUCAACCAGCACAACCCCUCGCCGCUUUCAUCUCCAUCCCCUUCGUCCAGCGGGAGCACCGGGCGCUGCGACUCCGCCACCAGCUCCACAUCGAUUCCUUCCAUGGUCCAGAGCCCGUCAGGCCUGGCAGGAAAGGACGGCAGCGGGUCUUCAGUCUCUCGGAGGCUGACAGUCACGGUGGACACUGGGUUUAGGCCUUCCGGCAGCAGCUGCAGCAGCAUCAAUCCUUGCAAAAUCCCUUCAGAUGACUCAGCGGCCACUGAGCAGCAUCAGGCAUCCUCCUCCGGUCACUUGCCGGCAGUGGACGACUCUUCUGCGCACAACUCAAAGCCUGGCAAGAGCCUGGCGAGGAGCACAGAAGCGGAAACGGCCAAUUUAUCUCCCAGCCUCAUCCCUGCCCCGCAGCCCACCAUCUCCCUCAUCUCAAAUGACAGCACGGACACCUUGAGCGUGGAGUCCCUGACGCUGGUCCCGCCCGUCGACACGGACAGUAUUCUCGCCGUCGGCGGCAGUCAGCCACCAGCCGCGGAGCCAGGUGUUUCCACAGAGACCGACGGACAACAAACUUAGCCAUGCGUCAAACCAUGGCUCAGAGCGUCGGGGACACGAGCAAGCAAGCAAGCAAGCAAGCAAGCACUCUCCUUGUUCCCGCAAGCAGUUGAGCCAGCGGAGGUGUCACUGGCUGCUUAGUGACGUCCUUCAACCCUUGCCCAUCUGCGUCUCUUGAUUAAAAUUCAGCGUGAGAGGCGGGCUUUGAAAAAUAAAGAUGGGAGGAACCUCAAACUUCAGUGCAGGACUGGCCUUGCACGCUGGUGUUGCGGGGGGGGGGGAGGAAGGAAUUUAAGGGAAUUGGUGACGGACGGUAUUUUGGAAGUACCUGGCUGCUUCUUCCUCUUUUCUGUUGCUUGUUUUUAAAGCCACUGUCACAGUCCCACCUGCAAAAGCCAUGACUGCAACCGAGCAAACUAAACUGUGUUGUGAUCCGAACCAGUUUUCUGUCUUUUCCACUUCGUUUGGAGGAAACGGCUGUAGACCAAGGAACUUUAGUAGGGUGUGUGUGUGUGUGUGUCCCAUUUGGGCAAAUCUUCCUUCUAGCCUGCUGAGUUCUAGUUUUCGUUUUGUUCGGAGGCAUGAGCAUUCUGUCGGGAAUCCCAGCCAAGCUGGCCGCUUGUAUUUAUAGCACUGUAAAACUUUAACAUCCAACUUGCGUGUAUUCUAUGUCUGAAAUAAUUUUAACUUGAAGUUGUACGCACAUCUGUUGGAAGGGGGUGGGGUGGUUUUGCAAGCAAACACGAGAAAUUCGGGUCUUUGGCAUAACUCUAAAGGGCUUUAUUUGGAGGAACACAUGGGGGAAUUGCGGGCAAAGUUUUGUGUAAGAGAUUUCAGAGGAAUGUAAAAUAUUUUAGCAUAC